AUGUCAUCGUGGACACAUAUAUCUGGGGGCGAUGUGAAGCGAAUUUCGCCUGAAGCCCCUGUUCCAGUGUUUGAGACGACGACAGAGAAGACCGGAUGUGGUGGUGCGGCGAAUGUCGCCCAAAACGUUGCAAGCUUAGGCGGCAACGCAACCCUGGUCGGUGUCAUCGGUCGGGACAGGGAAGGCGAAAAGUUAGUCCAGAUGCUCACCGAAAUGAAUCUCGUUACUACCGGGGUCUAUACCGACCCUCAGCGACCGACAAGCACAAAAACACGUGUCAUAGCCCGUGGGCAUCAUUUGCUCCGCAUCGACAGGGAAUCCAAACAGGAGAUCUCUCCCCAGAUACGGGAACACCUACUGGACACUGUUGUUUCUCAAUUGCCAACAAGCGACGCAAUUAUCUUCGCUGAUUACGAUAAAGGGGUGGUUACUGCCCAACUCAUCAAGGGUGUUAUGAAACACGCCAAGCCUUACGGUAUCCCAAUUAUUGUCGAUCCGAAGCGAAAUAACUUCUGGCACUAUGAAGGCGUAACCGCCGUUACACCGAACCACAAGGAGGCAAGUGCCGCUGUCCGUGAAGCGAUCACGGAUGUGUCCGAUCUGGUCGCUGUCGGUGAGAAAAUUCUGAACAAGUUAUCCCUCAAGGCGUUGCUAAUCACUCGCGAUGCCAAAGGGAUGUCUCUGUUUCAACGUAAGGCAGAUAGUACCGUAAAAGUAGCACACCUCGCACCGCAUUCAAACAUCGUGACAGAUGUUACAGGCGCGGGGGACACGGUCGUCGCCGCUUUUACGCUUGCGCUCGCGGCGAAUGCUGAAUUUGACAGUGCUGCCAUGCUGUCUAACCUCGCAGGUGGGAUUGCCGUCGGUAAAAUGGGGUGCGCGACCGUCACACCAAAGGAACUGCUGAACGCUAUUGAAAAGGUAAAAUUAAAAAGAUGA